CUCGCUUCAGCAGACGAUCAGUGAUGGGUUAACUAGUGAUGAGGGAGGAGGGCGAGACUGAUUUUGGGAUAAAUCGUGUUGGAUUAGCAACAAAAUGAGUUUGAAUCGAGAUACUUUCAUUCACCUAUUUGCUGGAGGGUGUGGUGGGACCAUGGGAGCUGUAGUAACAUGUCCCCUGGAAGUGGUGAAGACGAGGCUGCAGUCAUCCACCUUUGGCAUCAUGCACAACCUGCCUCCACCUGCAGCACAGCAGCGAGGCUCUACCACCUGCACAACUCUACCUCCCAUCCAUAGUCGGGGAGGUAACACACGAAGACUGUGUACUAGCGCCAUCAAGACUGGCACACAAGUCGUUCACCUAUCACAGCAGCUUCCCAAUCCGCGACCUCAUACGUUGUCACUCUUCCAUUGCUUGAAAUACAUCGUGGAGGUUGAAGGUCCACGAGCGCUGUUUCGAGGACUUGGGCCCAAUUUGGUGGGAGUGGCUCCAUCUCGGGCUAUAUACUUCUGUUCCUAUUCACAAAUGAAGAAAUUCCUUAACAAUCACCUCAGCUCAACCGAUACGCCCCUUGUACAUAUCCUUUCUGCCUCAUGGGCUGGUAAGUACCUUGCUCUUCCUGUUUCUUCUAUUUGUUGUGCUCUUGCUUCUAUUCUAAUGCUCCUACUUUUUCUUCUUCUUUUUUGUGGGAAUAUCUGUUUUAGAUUGAGGUUUUGUACAGUGCAAGAUGUAUAUAUGUGUGUGUGUGUUUCUUCUUCUUCUUCUUCUUCUUCUUCUUCUUCUUCUUCUUCUUCUGAAUCACGUCGAUGUGAGAUUAAGAAUGUACGUAUUAUUUGUUCAUGGUGCUAUUUCUGUCACGGUUUUAGUUUCCGUUACGCCACAGUGCACAGAAAGGUGUCGGCAGGAUACGGAAAACGACGCAGAUACGUGACUAGAAACAAGUCUUUUUUAGCAGCUGCCAUGUAG